AUGCCUCCCCGAACGCAGAAGCGCCAGCGGACAGCAAGCGAGCUCAAGUUCCACCAUACGAAACGGAGGCGAGUCUCUGAGGCAUUGGUGGAGCGAGGCAUAGAGAGGGAGUUCGACCGCACAUUGCCGUUUUGGCGAUGCUUUAUUGACCUUCGCCUCGCCACUGGCCGCGUGCCGGAGAUCGUGAAGCGAAACACACAGGUGCUGUGUCGCAUUCCAUGCAAAGUGUUCAAGCGCGUUGAUGUGGUGUGGGCACGCACGACUGUCCAACUUCGACCUGUGCAUGUGCUGACGUGGCAGGAGCGAAAAAAUAGGACGCGGCCGCCACGCUUGAGUGCCAAGGUAUCGGCCGAAGCAGCUGCCGCGUGGGGGGUAGCAUCCGCUAAAGCAGGCAACAAGAUGCCCCCGCCUGGUACGGACACUGAUAGUGCGCUUCACAUAUACACGAUCGACACGGUUCACUUUGUCCAUGAAGACGCCUAUAAGAAAGGGACGGGUAGCGACCACAGCUUUCAUGUGCAAUCCGUGGUGUUCCGCGAUGCACCGCAUAUUCUGCAAUGCGUGGGCGGUUCUAUGGUGUCCUUCUCCUUCAUCAUCUACACGUCCUUGCGCCUCGCUCAUGCGUGUGCCGUGCGAAAGUGCACGACCCGGCAACUGGGUCGCGAACUUGAGGAGGUCAUGGCUGCGUGCAAUGAGAGCAGUACCUCCAUGUCCACCACAUCCACGAGCAAGGGUGCAAGCGGCGACUCCGCCGCUGGAGAUACAUCAGACACAAUGCAAGACGCAGAAGGCUCUUGGCACACCCACUCUACCACCCAGACUGGGCAGGAUUCACUUGCGCACAAGGAUCAUGGCAAGCGAAGUACUACCGCCACCGCGCUUUCGGGGCUGCGUGCGUGGUGUCCCCCUCCCACAACGCGUAGUCUCAUUCUCGGCAUGGGCGGCAACAGCAUGGCCCCUGCCCUCCGCCUCGUCCUCGGCGUCGAGGCGCCCAUCGAGGUCGUCGAGGUGGAGCCGGCCGUUGUCGCGUCGUGCAUGCAAAUGGGCACACUCCACGACGCUGACGCCAAGACGAAGGUGUACCUGCAAGAUGCCGGCAAGUGUCUUGCGACUCUUCCACAGAACGCGUAUGACUUUAUCUACAUGGACAUCUUCGAGCCGGUGCAAGCAACUAUGCGCAACCUGCACCCGUGGGUCCUGGCAGCACGCGAGCUUCUCAAACCAGGUGGUCUCUUGGUGAUGAAUGACCACCAUCUGCCCUCAGCUGAGGGUGUGGCACCAUAUGCGAAGGUCUUUGGCGAGGGGAACGUGCAGGCAGUGAAUGUCCGUGGAUGGAGUGAGAGCAUCGUGGUGUGUGUUACCCCAGGCGAUGCAGCGACUGACAAGUACUCGCUUGAAAUUUGCAAGACCCACGCAGACAUAUCGUUCAACAUUUACGAGACUCUCGUACCCGGGUGGCUGCCUCACUUUUCGUGGUUGGUGAAGGCAAAGACGUAUCGUCACGAUGGCGUGCGCUGCCGUCUGUGGACGUCAUGA